UUGUGGUGGCUCAAUCCAAAUUAGGGUUUAUAAUCCAUUGAACUUCGAUCUCGUCACAGCGGUGUUGCAUAGAAGGAUAUGAUAUGGAUUCUAUGAGCUACACUUUCGAAGAACGAGGCUACGUGUUUUCCGAAAAUGUUCUUGACGAAUUACAAACGAAUACGACGUUCACGAUGAGCGGAAGUCUUCUCGAUCUACACCAGAAGAACUCGAGCCCGUUUCAUCACACUCGUGACAAUUAUCAUGAUCUUCAUGAUCAAAGUCAUGAAGUUGAAGAACUUGUGGGUUUUGGUUUGAGCGAUGUGUUGCACCAAAAGUCACCCACUUUGUGUAGUGAUGAUCCAUGCCUUAUUAGGGUUUCAUCAUCAAGAGGGUCGUUGAUCGAGGGCUCGGAACAACCCUCGUCGAAAAAGCCGAGGAUCGCGAGUUUCAGCUCCCAACAACCCCUCAUUUGCCAGGUUCACGGUUGUUCCAAAGACCUCACAACGUCGAAAGAUUACCACAAGAGACAUCGAGUUUGCGAUGAGCACUCCAAGACGACAAGAGUCGUCGUUGAUGGCAUCGAACAACGGUUUUGCCAGCAAUGUAGCAGGUUUCAUUUGCUGACUGAAUUUGACGAUGAUAAGCGAAGUUGUCGAAAGAGCCUUGCAGGCCACAAUGAGCGUAGGAGAAAGCCUCACUACGAGCCUCACAAUGGUGCAACGAGGUUCUUUGGCAUGAAUUCCCAGACGAGUCAUUUUUUCAUACCAGAACUGCUUCUUCCUGCUGGGAAUAACAAGAAUUACUUCUGUCAAGAAACAGCCUACGAAGUUGAGAACAGUAUGAGGCCAAUAAUGGUGAAGACUAAUAAUAAGAAAUCAUUGGAGGAGAAUCACAUUUCUUUCUCCACUACCCCGCAGCUCCAACAAGGAUCACCUGGUGAAACCACCCACCAUUAUUAUUCUCUUCCCAAAGACCUCCCUCUUCUCCAUGCUGCAGCUUCUCUUGCCGGGUUGAGCCAAUUCCAAAUGAAUGUCAAUUUCGGAAACAAUCCUACUUCAAGCCUGAGCUCCGUGCUGCGGGGCUUGACCGGAGACGAGGAUCUGCUGUGCCCGGCGGCCGACGGAGUCAUCGAAACCGACGGCAAUUACUGUCGCCGCCUCCUUGACGACGGCGCAGGCGGCGUUUAUUAUGAGAAUGAGACGGAUGAAGGGUUCCAGUCUGAAGAAGGCGGCGGCGGGAUACCCACCAUCGAUUUGCAGCAGUUGUCCACCCAUCUCCACAGAGUUGAGCAGCAGAGAAAAGCUCUCCUGCUCUUAUAAUUGUUUCUCCCCCUAUAAUUAUCUUCUUUGAAUUGACAUGAUUUUUUAAUAAAGUAUUAUACAAUUUACAGAGUAUAUGAUUGUAUCUUGCAUUGAGUAAAAAGAAACUAAAUAAUGUGAAUCACACAUUCUUUUCUUCCAAAAAGUGAAAGAAGUUUUUGAAUGUUUUCUUUUACACUAUCUUUGGUUCAAGGGAGCAUUUCCGCUGUCUUGACUGGUAGG